UUCUCGUUUUGAAUUGUUGUUUGUCGCUUAGUGGAUUAAUGAAAUCAGUUAGUUUGUCCUUUGUAAACUCUAAAGUAAAUCAAUUGGUUGGACGAACGCUACAUCUUCGUUUGGCGUACAUUGACCUCCAGUAAUAAACUAGGUAAUUUACCAGGCCGAAGUGCAGAUUGAUACUAAGUUUGAUGUCAAGGUGACUUUCACGUGGAGUCAAACCGUCGUAGAAAAUGUCAACAUUACUUGCAACGUAAGGAGUUACAUUUCAGAGUGAGCAGCACUACUGAUACACAGCCAAAAUUCGAGCCCAAAGUCUGCACGCGCACUCUCGAGAUGAAGUUCAGAAUGGAGAUUCCGCAGCUGUUCCCAUCGUUCCAGGGACCCAACCAGUUUCUAGUUGCUAGCUCUAGUGAUGGUGCUCUGAAGCUUGGUCUCUAAGUGAAACAUACGUAUUUGCAACAAUCACAAUCCAGUGGACAUGCAAGAUAAAAACACUAAUCUCGUAUCAUACGAUGUCAGUUUGUCGACCAUUGAUUGACCACCUUAACCUAGUAAUAAACUCUAUCCCGCCGUAAAAAUCAUUGUCCAAAUGUGAGUCCUUCUCCGGAUUGCUCAAGUAUCUUCAAGUUUCGGAACCCAGUUCUAAACAGCGUUGAAAGAUCCAAACCUGUUAUUUGUUCAAACGAUUGAGCUUGUAAAUUGUACUUCACUACACUGUCCGCCACACUGUCAUGAAUAUUACACAGACAUCAGUAUAUCUGGUAAGGAAGGAAAUAAUUACUUUCAGUAAUCUGACGAAUGACGGAUCCCGGCAACAAAAGUGCUGCACCAGGCAACAGAAAGGUGGAUAUCUUGUCAGUACGCGCAGCAGUCUCAUGCAAUCACAUGCGCGAUCUCCUUUUCGCAAUAGCUAACUCAAUACAUCCGUUUCCCAAGCUUAUCAAGCUUCAGCUCCAUCAUCUUCUUGGACUACGCAGCUGUCGAGUGAGUCUUUAAUCUUGCGCUGUGUCCGCCCAGUGUCUUCAUCUUUCUCAGCUUAAAUUCCCCUUUACGCAGACCUACUUUCGUCAUGUAUGUUAAAAGUAUUAUUUACAGUGCAUAGAUCUGGACAUAAGCCAGUUG